AUGUCGAGGAGAUCAGGAGCUUGCUUGAGGUGUUGCUUGGUGAUAUUCGCGGUGGUUUCGGCUCUGGCGGUCUGCGGGCCAGCAAUCUAUUGGAGAUUCAAGAAGACGAUGAGGUUGUCCGAUUCCGAAGCUUCUUCCUGCCCUCCUUGUGCCUGUGAUUGCCCGCCUCCUCUGUCUCUUCUCAAGAUUGCUCCAGGGUUGGCCAAUCUCUCAGUCACAGAUUGCGGGAGCAGCGAUCCAGAACUGAAAAAGGAGAUGGAGAAGCAGUUUGUGGACCUGCUGACGGAGGAGCUGAAGCUGCAAGAAGCCGUGGCUUUAGAACACGCUCACCAUGUGAACAUCACAUUCGGAGAGGCAAAGAGGGUGGCGACUCAGUACCAGAAAGAAGCCGAGAAGUGCAUUGCUGCCACAGAAACUUGUGAGGGUUCCAGGGAGAGGGCUGAGGCGCUGUUGCGUCGGGAGAGGAAGAUCACUGCUUUGUGGGAGCGAAGGGCCCGCCAAGUUGGCUGGGAAGGAGAGUAA